AUGGCCACCAUUCCUUUGCCUCCCACAGCAGCCAACCAAAGUGUGGCCUGGAAGAUCUUCUGUUUAUGCUGCAGAGAGUGUGAGGAGUCCUGUGUCAUCAGCAAUUGCAAUGAUCCCAACCAAAUCCAAGAGCAUCAGCCAUCAGCCCAUGAUAUGCAGCUUCAGAAGAACGGGCCUGGUGGACAAAACCCCAAGCAUGCUAAAGGAGCCUCCUGCUUGCCUUCAGGAAAACCCCUGAUCCAUCCCAAACAGACAGCUUCCUUCACCAGCAGUGAUUCUGAGGAUCUGUAUGCACGAGCUUCCCAGAGGAAUUUUUACAAGAGGAACCUAGAUCGCUAUUCCCAGGAGCGCUGGCCAUUCCAGACAUGCUUCAUUGGGAGACCCUGAGGCUUCUAGCUAACAGCACCCAUGUCGUCCACCGCAUAUCCACGGCUGCAGAAGAGCCUCCCGGAGGGGGAGAAUGGAGGACUCGAGGAGGAGGAGUAGAAGGAAGAGGAGGAGGGAGGAGAGUGGACAGGAGUCAUGAAGACUGAUUCAGAAACUCCCCUGGAGGAGGAGAAGAUGUCUGAGCCAUCCUUGUGCCACCAGCAAGAGUCACACCAGCCCCUGAAAAAGCCACUGUGAGGGGAUCUGCCUCUAAUUAAAGUCCUUGGUCAAAUCA